CCAACCGCCUCUGGACUCGUUUCCGUAUUCAUGUCGGCGGUCACUGAUCGUCCUCCCCAGAAAACCUCGACGGUAAGCCAUCCGGCAACCACAUUGUUCCAUCGUCGUCCCGCUAAAUUUUUUGGUGCCUAGUUAUGUUUUCUUGUAAUAUGCGAAGGGUUUUGCUUGUGCUUGGCUGUUGCUCUCGGAAGUUGGGGACCUUGACGCGCGGAAUUUUUUUGGAGGGAGAAACAGGAAAAUCCUUUUCACCUACUUAGAUUUACUUCCAUAGGGUGAAUUUGUACCUUGCAUCCAGAAGCGCUCUCCUUUCAAGAGCUAGAUUGAAUUUGGCGUUUGUGCAUUCCUGUUUUAACUGAUCGUUACGUGACCAGGUUUUUGUUGAACUGGGCAGUUAGGGUUUGAGGGGUUAUCAGCUAGGUAUUCUGUAAGUGAUUUGGAAGUUUCAGUGCUUUGUUGAAGGUUUAGAUUAUUGUUCAUGAUGUUUGGCAUGCCAAUUUUGUUUUUGUAUUUUGGUUUCUUCUGUGUGUGUGUGUGUGUUUUUUGGGUAUAUUAUAGGGUAGUUUGUCAGUUUUAUGAGACUACAAGAAUUCCGAUAAUGCAUGAAUUACUUUGGUCUGGACGAUUCUCACUGGGAAUUUCAGACUAUUGCAUUUCAAGGUUCCUUUUGCGAUUUAGUUUAAAGUAGGAUGUGGAGUCUGCUGACAGUGCAUUUCAGAUUUUGAUACUGAUUUCGUUCUUUGUUUGAAUUAUUCCUUUUCCUAUAUGAAUCGGUGGAUUUUUGUAUGACAUGAAGGGUCCUUGUCACUUUAAGCUUGAGGAAAGGCAGCUUUGCUUUGGAUAUGUAUGCUGAACUUGCCACAGAAGCACCCAGCAGUAAGAGAAAGCAGAAGAGGAAAAUCUCUUACCAGGUUGACAAGUUGAAAAGAAAAACAUAGAAGGAAAGACAAGAAGAUGAAGGAACGUCCAGUUGAUUUGAUCUCCCAGCUACCUGAUCAUAUUAUCCAUCAAAUCUUAUCUUUCCUGCGUUGCAAGAAAGAUGUAGCACGAACUAGUGUAUUAUCCAGGAGAUGGAAGGACAUCUGGGCUUCGUUCUUAAUUCUUGAUUUUGAUCAGCGCAACUUCCAGAUGAUGUCAUCCCGCAAGGAGACUGGGAGCGCAGAAGCAGAAACCAAGAAGAAAAAAGAGAUCUUUAGGUCUUUCGUGAGUAACACUCUGCAGAGACGUAUCGAGCAAGGAUCUAGCAUACGGAAAAUAUCUUUCCGCUUGACCUCUUUUGAUGGGGACAUGGCUACUGAUAUCAACAAAUGGAUAAAGUCUGCUACUCAGAGCAAUACCCAAGAGUUAGAUCUCCAUUUCCCGAGCAAGAAAAAGUUGUAUACUUUGUCCCAUAAUGUGUUCACUGUCGAGACUCUAACAGCAUUAUGUAUCUCUGGCUGCAAUCUGAAGAAUGUUAAGGUUGUAAACCUACCAAAUUUAAGGAAAUUGUGCCUUGAAAGACUUCAUGUUCGGGAAAAGAUUAUCCAAGAUCUCAGUCAAGACUGCCCUUUACUUGAAGACUUGAGACUAAUACACUGCUCUACUGGAUUUAGAGAUUUGCUGCUUUCGAGUGAUAAGCUUCGUAGAGUUGAUUUGCACCUCUGCCGCCGACUCCAUAAAGUGGAACUAAGAGCUCCGAAUCUCGAAAAGUUCUGGUACCAUCAUCAGAUGUUUUGCCGGCAAGAGCAGGUUGAGCUUGACUUGGCAUCAUGUAGCAUAUUGAAAAGUCUAACGGUAGAGAUUCCAAGCAUGACAGACGAGAUGUUUCAGAGUCUGGUUUCGAAGCUUCCAGUUCUUGAGCAACUGUCUCUCUGUCAAUGCAAUAAGCUGAAGACUAUAACUAUAUCCAGCCACAGACUGAAGAAACUAUCCUUGAGAGAUUGCAAAAAGCUGAAAGAAGCUGAUAUCGACACUCCAAAUCUUGUGUCAUUUGAAUACAAAGGCAAGGAGAUGCCGUUUCUGUCUAUGAACCCUUCUGGUUUGAUAGAAGCAAAUAUAUAUCUUCAGCGAGGGGUUCAGAACCAGACCAGGGUAGGCUUUUGUGACGAGGAAGAUGACAGAGCUCGGUUUGCUAAACUGCAAGAGUUUUUGGGGAAGUUUGAUCAUUCGAAGGGUUUGAAAUUAAUAGUGCAUUCCAAAAAGACUUUCAUGGUGCAUGAAGAUAUGAGCAAAAUCUUGGUGCCUCCUAUUUAUGAUCUCAAGCUUGAGAUUAUCAAACCAUCACUGAGUUUGGAAGAUCUAUUCGAUACUGUUUUGCGAAAGUGGCAUCCAUCAGCAUUGUUCCUUGUAUCACCUGCAAUCACGGAAUUCCCUGAGAAUUUGUAUGAUAAGUUGGUGAACAAGGAGAAGAAGCUGGUCUGCUGCAGAUACAAUGCCGCAAGUAACAAAUGUUGGCGACACUUCUUGAAAGAUGUGAAGGCCGAUAACAUCUCCGACGUCUUGCAUCCAUCUGACUGGGCUACUUGGUUGAAGUCGUGUUCUUCUGAUGUCGGCAAGAUUACAUCCUUUGCAUUGACAUGGGCCAAAGACCAAUCGACGGCUGGUGAUGGUGUAGAAAAUGAAAUUGUCCUCUAGUUUUUGUGCUCAUAUAGUCCAACCUUUCUUAGCAACUUACCCGUUAUCAUGUUGAAAAUUGGUUAGAGCAGCAUGGUUGUUAGAAAAAGUUCAGGAUAACCCUUUUUGGGAAUUAGGUUCUCUAGUGAAUGGAGUUGGAUAUUUGGAUUCAAGAAUUUUCUACACUGUUGGUGCUGUGUUGCUUGUGUUGCACGCAAGAAAGCCCUUUAUCGAUGUAGAUUCUCCCUUAAGCGAUGAAGCUCUGACGAUAAGAAAACAAUUAAAAGAAC